GCUCGCUCUGGAUUUCCCGUCUUCUGAUCUCCAAAUCUAUUUCCUUUCCUCCCAACAAAUCCCGACAGAGACUGGAAUUCACUCCGACAAAUUCUCACUGUUUCCGAUAAAAACAGAUACUGAUGUAUUCUCCUCCUUCUAGGUCAAGCUGCCAUCUCUUCAUCUUUCUCCUACUUCUCUCUUUUUUCCCCUUUUCCCUCCUCGCCCGCCCUUUCGUUCUCGUCCUCUCCCAGGACGACCUCAAGGAUGUCCAAAACGACGAUGCUUCCUCCCUCGAAUCCGACCCUUCUUGGGACGACGACGACUUCGGCGGCACUCACGUUAAGCCUGACAACGAGCUCGAUCCCGGUUCAUGGCGCCGCCUCUUCGAGCCCUCUACCAUCACCGUCUCCUCCUCCCAAGACACCUCACUCGAAUCCUACUACACUGCCGUUGAUAAAAUGAUCUCCGCCUCCACCUUCGGUGACACCAGGUUGAUGUCGGAAGCCGCGGCGGAGAUUGAGACGGCUGCUAAUACGGAGGGUGAUCCGCACGCACGUUCGGUGCUAGGUUUUUUGUACGGGAUGGGGAUGAUGCGUGAGAGAAACAAAGCCAAAGCUUUUCUGAAUCAUUAUUUCGCUGCCGAAGCUGGCAAUGCCCAGUCCAAGAUGGCUUUGGCUUACACAUACUCUCGACAAGAUAUGCAUGAAAAGGCUGUUAGACUAUAUGCUGAAUUGGCAGAAAUAGCGGUUAACAGUUUCUUGAUAUCCAAAGAUUCACCGGUAAUCGAACCUAUUAGGAUACACAAUGGGUUAGAGGAGAACAAGGAAGCUUUGAAGAAGUCAAGAGGAGAAGACGAUGAAGAUUUUCAGAUAUUGGAAUAUCAAGCACAGAAAGGGAAUGCUGGUGCUAUGUACAAAAUGGGUCUUUUUUACUAUUUUGGGUUGAGAGGGUUGCGCCGUGAUCAUGCCAAGGCUUUGAUGUGGUUUUUGAAAGCUGUGGAAAAAGGGGAGCCCAGGUCUCUUGAACUUCUUGGUGAGAUGUAUGCUAGAGGAGCUGGAGUGGAAAGGAAUUACACCAAGGCUCUUGAGUGGCUUUCACUUGCAUCUGAUCAUGGCCUUCAUUCAGCUUACAAUGGGAUGGGUUAUUUAUAUGUUAAAGGCUACGGUGUGGAGAAGAACUACACCAAAGCGAAAGAGUACUUUGAGAAGGCUGCUGAUAAUGAUGAUGCUGGUGGGCACUAUAACUUGGGAGUAAUGUACCUUAAAGGGAUUGGAGUGAAGAAGGAUGUGAAGAUUGCUUGUAAAUGUUUUAUUGUGGCAGCUAAUGCAGGUCAACCAAAGGCAUUUUAUCAGUUGGCUAAGAUGUUUCAUACUGGUGUUGGGCUUAAAAAAAAUCUUCCCAUGGCUACUGCAUUAUACAAACUAGUUGCCGAACGUGGACCGUGGAGUUCCCUCUCUAGGUGGGCACUUGAAUCAUACCUAAAAGGCAACAUGGGCAAAGCAUUCCUCUUGUACUCUAGAAUGGCUGAGUUAGGCUACGAGAUAGCACAGAGUAAUGCUGCAUGGAUCCUUGACAAAUUUGGUGAGCGCAUCAUGUGCAUGGGUGAAUCUGGGCUUUGCACUGAUGCAGAAAGGCAUCACUGUGCUCAUUCUUUGUGGUGGCAAGCUUCCGAGCAGGGUAACGAACAUGCUGCAUUACUUAUUGGGGAUGCAUAUUAUUAUGGCCGAGGAACUGUGAGGGAUUAUGAGCGUGCAGCUGAAGCGUACAUACAUGCAAAAUCCCAAUCAAAUGCUCAAGCCAUGUUCAACCUGGGAUACAUGCAUGAGCAUGGCCAAGGACUUCCAUUUGACCUCCAUCUUGCCAAGCGGUACUAUGAUCAGGCACUAGAGCUAGAACCAGCAGCAAAGUUGCCUGUCACCCUGGCACUCGCUAGUUUGUGGAUACGAAAGAAUUAUGCUGAAAGUUUCCUGGUCCGUGUAAUCGAUUCCCUGCCCGAAGUUUAUCCUAGAGUGGAAGCAUGGGUUGAGAAUGUGAUCAUGGAGGAAGGAAAUGCAACAAUAUUGACUCUAUUUGUUUGUUUACUCACUGUUCUUUAUCUUCGUGAGCGUCAACGCAGGCAUGCUGUUGCUGCUGCAGGGGCUCAUGAGCCUAAUGAGCAUGCUGUACCUGCUGCUGCACUCUAAUUGCCAGUUCUGGUAAUUCAGAUUAGAUGUAUUAAGUCAUCUUAAAUGCAGGUUAAAAUCUCCAUAGAAAAAUGUAUAGAUAGGCUUCUUCGGCUUUGUUCUAGAGAGCACUUACAUUGUACCAUAGAGAAUAUUUCAGUUAAAAAUUAAAACAAAUUGGAAAAUGGUAUUUGCCUCGCAUAUCAAAAACAUGUAUUUUAUGCUAAUUUCAGUUGAGUU